AUGAACAUUGAAAGUGCUGCUAUAAACAUUCUCAAGCGAGGAGUAGAUUUGGACUCUAAAAAGCGUUAUACGGAAGCACUUGUAUGUUACCAAGAAGGUUUACAAAUAUUGGUAGAUAAAAUGAAAGGAGAAUGUGAUGAUAAAAUAAAGAUAUACCUAAGAAAGAAGGUGGAAGAGUAUAUGAAUAGAGCGGAAACUAUUAAAAAGUUGGUGUUACAUCAAAAGGAAACUGGUCAGUUCCAUGAACAAGUGCUUAUAGAAAAUAAUUCCACUGGACACAGCUACAAAACACUUUUUGGUAGAUUUCUAGACGAAGAUGUUCAAUAUGUUGUAGUAGAAGAUCCUUAUAUCAGAAGCUUUCAUCAGGGACAAAAUUUUCUAAGACUCUGUGAACUGUUAGUGAGAUCCUGUAGUAAUCUGAGGCACAUAGAGCUAGUUACUUCUAGAGAUAACAAAUCAGAAGGUGACCAAGGGAACUGGUUUGCUAAUUUAAGAAAUGAUUUAGUUAAAUAUAAAGUGCAGUUAAUAGUAAAAUAUUCAGAAACUCUGCACGAUAGGCAAAUUAUAUUGAGUUCUGGAUGGAUAAUAAAAAUUGGAAGAGGACUGGAUUUUUUUAAGCCACCCGAAAACAAAUUUUGCCUGGGAGUAUAUGAUUUGGACUUAAGGCAAUGUCAUGAAACAACUGUUGAUAUAGUGCAUUCAAAAAAUGUAAAACAAUCAUAUGGAUAA